ACCCUACGGCAAGAAGCUGCAUAAACAAAAUGAAGGUACUUGUUUUCUUAGUUGCUAUAAUUGUAGGAGCAUGCCAGUGCCAUGGCUCAGACCAUGAGCAUGGUGCAACCUUCCAAAUUUUCCCUCUCAGAAUGAAAACUGGGUCCGGUGGCCACUACAUUCCGGAAGUGUCAUGUGCAAGUUGGAGGCUUGGUGUGGAAGCACAUAAUGUCAUUGAUUGGAAAACUGUGCCUAUUUCCUGUGAAGGAUACAUAGGGAACUAUAUUCUUGGUGACCAAUAUAGAUCAGAUUCCAAAACAGUUAACCAACAAGCUUAUUUUUAUGCCAAAACCCUUAAUAUCACUUCCAGAGACGUGUGGGUCUUCGACAUAGAUGAGACCUCACUUUCUAAUCUCCCAUAUUAUGCUGAACAUGGAUUUGGGGUGGAACCAUACAACGCGACGGCGUUUAAUCAAUGGGUUGACCUUGGCACGGCACCAGCACUGCCUGAGACUCUGAAACUGUACAAGAAAUUGUUAUCUCUUGGAGUGAAGAUUGUCUUCUUAACAGGAAGGCCACUCGAUCAAACCACUGUCACUACUGCCAACUUAAAGCGUGCUGGAUACCACACCUGGUUCAAGUUGAUUCUCAAGGAUACAUCUAUAUACCAUGGUAAGACAGCAGUUACAUACAAAUCAAGUGAGAGAAAGAAGCUUGAAGAAAAGGGAUACAAUAUCAUUGGAAACAUUGGAGACCAAUGGAGCGAUAUCCUGGGAACCAACACAGGGGAUAGAACCUUUAAGCUUCCUGAUCCCAUGUACUACAUUAGUUGAGCUCUCUGUGUUUUAAUUAACUAGCUUCCUCCUAUCAAUGAAUUCAAUAAUGGAGACACUUAACCUACGGACACUUGCUGUAUGUGGUAUGCGACUGCACAACGUUGUUUUCUCCUUCGUGGUUUUAAUAAACUACGUGUCCUUCUUCUGUUCAA